AUGGGCUUCAAGGAGAUUGUCGCAAAGCGCUCGGCGCUCAAAACCUCCAACACAGGCGUGACCACCGCAUCGCAGCUUACGCUGAAGCAGUCACUGUACCCAUUGGCACUCGUCACGAGUUUGUUCUUCCUCUGGGGAUUCUCCUACGGGCUCCUCGACACCCUGAACAAGCAUUUUCAGAAUACGCUUGGGAUCACCCGAACGCGUUCAUCCGGUCUGCAAGCCGCAUAUUUUGGCGCCUACCCACUCGCCUCCAUCGGCUAUGCAGGAUGGAUGCUCCGACACUGGGGCUACAAGCCCGUCUUCAUCUUCGGCCUGUGCACCUACGCCAUCGGUGCCCUAAUGAUGUGGCCUAGCGGCGUAUAUCGCUCCUUCGGCGGCUUCUGUGCCGCUACUUUCAUCUGCGGCUCCGGCCUGGGCUCCCUCGAGACCGCCGCCAACCCGUAUCUCGCUGUCUGCGGGCCUCCCAAAUACUCCGAGAUCCGGAUCAACUUCGCCCAAGCCUUCAAUGGCAUCGGCACCGUCGUCGCUCCUGCACUUGCAUCCUAUGUCUUCUUCAAGCACACCGAAGACGAUGUCUCCGCCCUCAAGAACGUCCAGUGGGUCUACCUGGCCGUGGCGUGCUUCGCGUUUUUCCUAGCAGUGGCCUUCUUCCUGAGCCACAUCCCCGAGGUUACAGAUGCAGACAUGGAGUUUCAGGUGCAGGAGACGCACAUCGCCGGCACGGAGAAACCGUUCAUCAAGCAGUACCGCUUGUUUCAUGCCGCAUUCGCGCAGUUUUGCUAUGUGGGCGCACAAGUCGCGGUUGCGACAUGGUUUAUCAAUUAUGCGACUGAGUCAACGAAUGUGACUGCUUCGACGGCGAGUUCACUGUUGGCGGGUGCACAGGCGGCGUUCACUGUUGGCAGGUUCUCGGGAACGGGAUUGAUGCGGCUUGUUCGACCGAGGCUGGUCUUCCUGUUCUAUCUUGGUGGUGUGAUCGUGGCCUUGGCUCUCGCAACAGGUGUCCGGGGCAGAGCUGGAAUCGCGAUGCUGUACAUCACGCUCUUCUUCGAGUCGGUCUGCUUUCCGACGAUCGUUGCGUUGGGUAUUCGUGGACUCGGAAGGCACUAUAAGCGAGGCUCGGGCUACAUCGUCGGCGCAGUCAUCGGCGGUGGCUGCGUGCCAGCGUUGCAAGGGAAGGUCGCUGACAUCCACAACAGCACUCCCUUGUCAAUGGUUGUGGCUUUGAUGUUCAUGGUAGCAGCAAUGUCCUACGCCCUCUGCGUGAACUUCGUGCCGCGGUACCGGAUCCCUGCAGAUGCUCUGGGAGAUAGCUCGAUUGGUCAGAAGAACAAUCAGGUGCCUCAGUCAGACAUUGAGGCGAAGCAGAUGGACCCCAGUACUGGGAAGCUGACGGAUGAAGCCACAGCGACGGAAGUGAGAAGCGAUGAGAUGAGAGACGAUUUGAAGACAACCUCAUGUAGCGACUUGGCUCGAGGGUUCCAUUCAGAUCGACCUGGGCGCCGAAAUGAGUACUGCCACACCAUGCGUACGUGA